AUGCUGUUCCUCCUCUCUGCGGCUGCAGUCUACCUGUUGGCUUCCACGGUUCGAGGGCAAAGCCCAACAUAUAGCGCAACAUAUCUGCCUUCCAGCGUCCCGUACCAGACGGAGCAAGGGCAAACGGGGUACAAUCAGUGUGGCAGCGGGUAUAACCAGACUUCAGAAUGCCAAAACACCUUUAUCAAUAAUGUACAAGACUUCUGUCUCUGGGCUCCUCCUGAGCCGGGACCGGACUCAGUCAUAGGCAACACCGAGCAAAUUGAAGUUUCAUGGUGCAUGAAGAAUGGCUACGGCACGCGCCUCAUACCUGACGGCACUAUCACCGGUGCACACUUUGUGAUAACACCAGAUUACGUUCAAGUCACCGGGACGGCCAACUUAACUAAUAUCAACAUUCCGGCUGGGGAUGCCGGCGGAGAGCUUGAUCCCCACGGUGCGACUGGCGAGGGUAACCCGAUCGGUGGUGUGGUGUUCUCGAGCGCCUUCGGUGACAUGGAGCAGCUUCACGAAUGGACCAACUUUAUGGGCAGCGAUAUGUUCUGCUUCCGUGCGUGUAAGCCGGCGGAUGACGCACCAACGAUGUGCAAUCAUAUUUAUGACGAGAUGGGCUGCGAGUGGAACAUGCCCGCCAAUUACGACUCCGGAACCUUCGAGUACUGCCAGGGUGACUCCGCUGAGCCCAUGGGCGUCUACGGUGCCUCAACAUUCUACCAAGGGGAGCCAUCGACCCCAGCGGCACACCCGAUCCCGUCCUCGUCUAGUUGCACGACCUACAGUACGAUCAGCAACGGUGCAGGCGUCCUUGCUGGUGGCUCCACGUCAUCCACUCCUACAUCUUCCUCCACCAGCAGCGGUGUUACAUCUACUUCUCGCUCAGGAUCUACGACUGGCACUAGCAGCGCAACGGGCAUAUCUAACGCGGCCAUACGUGUGGCUUCUCCCCAGGGAAUGGAGUCUGCUUUUAUUGUCAUUGCCACUCUCUUGAUGAGUUCCUCUCUGGGGGCAGUCAUGCUCCUCUAA